GGCAGUCGUGGCGGCGCCGCGGCUGGGGGAGGGAGCAUCAUUUUAAGCAAGGCGAGACAUGGUGUGACGGUGGCACGCGUGCCGGGCCCUGAUUCGGCCUCUGCCUGAGUCCUUCGCAAUAUCGAGCCGCAAGGCAGACUGGUUCAGCCCGGCCAGGGGAAUCGGCACCAUUUGGACGUGGAGAAACAUGGACGGGUUUGAGUUUGCCAAUGAGUGGCCAGGCGUGGGGCAUGAAUCUGCAGGGUGCAGUUCAGCUCUCGCUUGGACCCAGCAGAUCGUCAGUGCCGUCUGGUCUCGUCCGUCUUUGGCCUGGAUAGCCUGGGGGAGCUCGGACGUCUGGCUGGUUGGCGUUGGUGUCGUCGUCCCUGUGGAGAUGAGCGUGUGUUGUGCCCAGUCGAGAUUGUUGCCUCGCGCCGACGGUUCGCCUCCGCCUCCGGCACUCAAUCCUGGCCAGGCCGCCCCUCACGGCUCUCGAAACAGUGGCUGGCCGAUCCGCGCAGCGCUGAGGGCCGGCUGUCUGUCUCAUCUCGACAAGAUCUUGGGGUUGCCAGACCACGGCCGGCGUCCUCAGGUCAAGUGUAUCGAGUCUUUCUUCUCACAGGAACGACAAGAAUGCCAUGUAAUUAGAACCCUGCGCAAGUUCCCGUCCACCAAGGAACGUGCCUGCGCUACCCAAGGGCACCCCUACGGCCGGGUCAUCAAUCUCUUUAGCGCCAACCCUUCUGCGCCUCUGCCCACACAAAACACCCGAUCAACCUCCAGUUAG